AUGUCGGAUUCUGAUAAAGAGGUCGAGAAUCAGAUUCUGGAAGCAGGGGAAAAGCUUAUUGACCCACCUUCUUCAGUCGAUGGGCUACUUUCUCUCCUUGACAAACUCUUCAUCUGUCUGUCAGAGGUUGAACAGUCACCUCCCGACUCAAUGCAGAAUGCACUCUCUCCAUUGAUGAAAGCAUUAGUCGCUGGAAAACUCUUCAAGCAUUCAGAUGUCGAUGUGAGAGUUGCAGUCGCUGCCUGCAUUAGUGAGAUUACAAGAAUAACUGCUCCAGAUGCUCCUUAUGAUGAUGAACAGAUGAAGGAAGUAUUUAAGUUAAUUGUAUCAUCAUUUGAAAAUUUAGUUGAUAAUGCUAGUCGCUCCUAUUCCAAAAGAACCUCGAUCCUGGAAACUGUGGCUAAGGUCAGAUCAUGUGUUGUGAUGUUGGAUCUCGAGUGUGAUGCACUUCUUAUUGAGAUGUUCCAGAAUUUCCUGAAGGCUAUAAGGGACCAUCAUUCAGGAAACGUAUUUUCAUCCAUGGAGAACAUUAUGACCCUUGUUUUAGAAGAAAGCGAGGACAUACCUCCAGAGAUGCUUUCACCAAUUCUACAUUAUGUUAGAAAGGAUGAUGAGACUCCCCAAGUAUCACGGAGGUUGGCGGAACAAGUUCUGAGUAACUGUGCUAGCAAACUCAAAACGUAUCUGACUGAAGCGGUGAAAUCGUCGGGUGUUUCUUUAGAUAAGUAUAGUAAGAUAGUGGGUUCGAUAUGUGAAGGGACAUUCAGUGUUUUGCAGCAGGACCAGCUUGUUGCGAAUGAAGAAGAGGAUAAACAUAAGGCAGAAAAAAUUUCUACACCCGAGCGAAAUGAUGCACCGAAGGAUGAAUCUGGUAAGUCAGGAGUCAGCAAUGGCAUUGCGCAACAGAAUGAUUCGCCUGUUGAUACUGAGUCUACAAAGAAGCAAGAUGAUACGAAUGCUAAAGAUGAGCCUCAGCAACUUGUUAAUGCUAGCAACACUGACGUGGAUAAUACUUCUGAAGUGAAGCCUGACGUUGAACAUCAGAUUAAGGAGAAGGAACCCAGCUCUGUCAAACAGGUGGAUUCAUCAGAAGCUUCAGAUAUCAAGGAGGAGAUUGAAACUGGAGCACCCCUAGACAGCAAGGAUGUGUUAACUUCGCCUCCUGAUGAUUCAUCUGUUAACGCAGGCACUUCUUCUGAAAAUGAGAAGAAAGCAGAUGUGCAGGCUUUGCCGUCUAAGACUGAUGCUGAUGAAACUGCCAAUGUCAGCCCUCUAUCUAGAGCUGAGGAUCUUGUUGAGGAAAGCCGUCCUAAGAAGACUGCAAACCAGAAGAAAAAGGAGAGCUCGACCAAGGAGGCCAAACCAUCUGUUUCUAGUGCUACCGAAGAAGCUUCCGAAGAACCAAACACUUCUGAAGCUAAAGUGACAAAAAAGCCUGUAAAGAAGGUCGCUUCUUCAAGUAAAGCCAAGUCUACUGUUCCUCCUUCAAAGAAAAGUACCUCUGAGACAAAAGCAACAAAGCAGUCAGAGAAAAAGGCAGUAGGGGCUGAUGAUAAUGUUCAAGAAUCCUCAAAGGCGAAAGAGGAAAAGAAAAAGGUAGGACGUGGGAAAGCCGUGGAUGAGGACUCAUUACAUACUUCGUCAGGUGAUAAUGAGAAACCAGCUGUUUCCUCUGGAAAGUCAGCCUCAAAGUCAAAGAAAGAAGUGAAGCAAACGACAGAAGAGAGUCCUAAUCCUAGCGCAAAGAGAAAACGAAGUCUAGGCAAGGCAUCUGAUCUCCAAAGCCAUGAUGAAAAUAUAGUUGGGUCGAAGGUCAGAGUCUGGUGGCCUAUGGAUAAAGCGUAUUAUACAGGUGUGGUCAAUUCAUAUGAUUCUGCUAAGAAGAAACAUCUGGUUUGCUAUGAUGAUGGAGAUCAAGAAAUUUUGAAUUUAAAGAAACAGAAGUGGCAUUUUCUGGACGAAUCAGAAUCAGAGGGUGAAGAAGCUGCUGAUCAGACGGGUCAUGAUGAAGAAGAAGCCUCCACAGCGCCCCAGAGGAAGAAAGCCAAGACAGUGAAGCAAUCAUCAGGGAAAAAGGGUGGUGGAGCUGGCUCCAGCAAGUCUAAAGCUACUCCUGCUUCCAAGUCCGGCAAGAAGUCUCAGGCUGACAAAACAGAGAGCAAAUCAAAGGAGUCAAAGGAAGCUGACAGAGAAGAAGAGGAUAGCUCUGAGGAGAUGAGCGAGGAAGAGGAAAACCCCAAGACCGUUGAGAAAUCAGCCGGUGCAAAAUCAGGAAGCAGCAAGUCGAAGAAAGACUCUGGCACAUCCAAAGCUUCAUCCAAGAAGAAGGAAGAGCCGUCCAAGACUACAACACCGGCGACUUCAAAAUCCAAGUCAGCAGGACCUGCAAAGAGUUCAUCAGGCAAGGGCAAAGCAGCAAAAGGCAAAGCAAAAUCUACACCUUCCUCCAAGGGCAAGGAGAGCGAUGCAGAGUCAGAGUCUGAAGAGACACCGAAGUCACCAGAAGCAGCAACAAAAGGGAAAUCAUCAGUCGGUUCAGGCAAGUCGCAGGCCAAGUCCGUUAAGAAGAGGAAGCGAUGA